AGAAUAAACGCUGCAGCAACACAGGCAGCACAAUCAUUGUGACACGGAUUUUGGGAUGCAACAGCACAGCCAGUGAUUUCCAUGGACCUGUUUGGGCGAAUCUUCAACACUGUGAAUGCAGUGAGCAACUUGUUUACAAACCCUUACAGGGUGAGAGAGGUACCCCUUCUGGACUAUGUUGGUUGCCCUCGAAUCAGAGAAGAUGGACGACUCUUGCUUUACAAAAGCAGAACUGCAAGAUCAUGGGACUGUCUUUUAGUUAACCCACUGACGCCACAAAAUGCCUACCGCCUCUUUCAGCUGGAUUCAGAGGCAGAGGCACUACAAAAUUUUCAGGAAUACACAACCAAGUUGCGUCCUUUUUAUGAAAGUGCAAGGCAGGGACUUCGGCUAGACACUGUCCAACAGCUUACUGACUUCCUGCGCAGCCAUCCCAACUGGUCUUUGGCACACGUGGCAGUCGAGAUGGGGCUUCGAGAAAGCUUUAGGCACAAUGGCAUUCUAAGGAGUGUAAAUAGCACAGAGUGCGAUGGAGGCUGCACCCCACUUCAUCUGGCCUGCAAGAAGGGUGACGUUGAGUGCAUUCAGGAGCUGGUAAAUGACUGCCAGGCUCGGCAGGACAUUGCGGAUUUUAAUGGAGAGACUGUGUUCCACUAUGCAGCCCGUCAAAACAACCCUCAUGUUAUUGAAAUCCUGUGCUCUACUCCGUCUGUUGGUAUUAACCAUCUGAGUAACAGCAAAGAGACUCCACUGCAUGUGGCCUGCCGUAUGGGCAAAUCUGAAUCAGUGCUGGCAUUGCUGCGCUGCCAUGCUCAUUGUGAUAUCAUAGGAAAGGAUGGAUACCCAAUUCAUACCGCAAUGAAAUACACAAUGAAAGGAUGUGCAGAAGCAAUACUAGACUUUACUGCCACACAGGCCAAUGCUGAAGAUCCUCGGUAUAGGGCAACUCCUCUUCAUUGGGCAAAGAAUGCUGAGAUGGCUUUAUUGUUACUUGAACGUGGUAGCAAUGUAAAUGCACUCAGUAGGACAUCAGAAACCCCAUUACACAUAAUGGUAAAGAGGAGCCGUUUUGAUUCUGCCAUGGUUCUCUUAACUCACGGAGCAGAUCCCAACUCCAAGGGAGAGCAAGGAAACACCCCUCUGCACCUUGCCAUGAAGAAGGAUCAUCUGGAGCUAAUUAAAGCUCUCAUAGUUUUUGGGGCCAAUGUGGAGCAGCCGAACGACUUUGGGGAGACACCAGGACUUAUGGCAGCCCGGUCCAGCAAAGGAUCUAAUCGCAAGGUUCUGCUCGACAUGCUUUAUAACGUAGGAGCACAGCGCUGUUUUCCCCCUGAUACCCAGCUUCCGCCAGCUGCCUCCUGUCCUACAGCGCCCCCCAUGGACACAAGUAGCGGCAUAGGAUUCCAGGACCUAAUCUAUGUUUCCACUGCACUAAGCAGCAUGCUGGCAUCACGGGACACCGUGGAUUUCAUGGAAGAUGGCCUGAGAGUACAUGACAGACUCCUAUGUUUGGAUGGUGGUGGCAUCCGUGGACUGGUUCUUAUUCAGUUGCUUAUUGCCAUAGAGAAGACUGCAGGGCGACCCAUCCGGGAGCUCUUUGAUUGGGUCUCUGGCACCAGCACAGGAGGUAUCUUGGCACUGGCUAUAGUGCAUGGAAAGCCCAUGGAAUACCUCCGCUGUUUAUACUUCCGCAUGAAAAAUGAAGUUUUCUGUGGUUCACGCCCAUAUGAGUCUGCCCCUCUGGAGGAAUUUCUUAAAAAGGAAUUUGGAGAACAAACUAAGAUGACAGAUGUGAUGUACCCUAAGGUCAUGGUAACUAGUACAAUGUCAGAUAGGCAUCCAGCUGAGCUGCAUCUGUUCCGAAACUAUGUUCCACCCGAAACUGGCCGAGAUCCAACAUUCAAGAGUGUUGCCACUUUCCGUCCUGUGACGAGGCCAGAAGAGCAACUGGUGUGGCGUGCGGCUCGUUCCAGUGGUGCUGCUCCAACAUACUUUCGUCCUAUGGGCCGUUUCCUGGAUGGUGGGUUGCUUUCCAAUAAUCCCACCCUAGAUGCCAUGGCUGAGAUCCAUGACUACAACACAUGCUUGAAGCGUCAGGGUAAAAGUGCACAGAUUAAGAAAUUAGGUGCGGUGGUUUCACUGGGCACUGGGAAGCCUCCCCAAAUUCAGGUCAGCUCUGUUGACGUGUUCAGACCAUCUAACCCUUGGGAGGUAAUGAAGACUGUGGUUGGAGCAAGAGAACUAGGCAAGAUGGUGGUGGAUUGUUGUACAGAUUCAGAUGGUCCAGCUGUCAAUAAAGCUCGAGCGUGGUGUGAAAUGAUAGAUGUCCAUUAUUUCAGAUUGAGUCCACAGCUGCAAACAGAUGUGAUGCUGGAUGAGGUUAGUGAUGCAGUGUUAGUUAACAUGCUGUGGGAUACACAAAUCUACAUCUACCAGCAGAGGGAAGAAAUUGAGAAACUGGCCCGACUGCUACUUGAACCUUGACUACUACAUCUAGAAAGCCCAUGAAGGAUGAUGUUCUCUCUAUGCAUACUGCUAACCAAAGAGUGGGUUGAUCAAGACCACGAAGAAGUAAAAUGCCUUCAUUGGCCUCCCUGAUCACCAGAUUUAAAUAUUUUUGAAAAUUUAUAGCAAAUCCAGGAGCACAGAAGAUUGCUACCAUCAUCCCAAGGACCGGAGGUG